CAGACAGUGGUGUUUCGCUUCGUUUGUGGCUGAGUGGAAGAGAAGAGCAUCAGUGGGUUGUUUGUUCUGAGGAAGGAAGCUUCUUGAAGGAAGCUUCUUGAAGGAAGCUUCUUGCAGGAAAAAAAAAAAAAAAAAAAGCAAAGGAAGGUCUAUAAUUAUCUCCCAGGGCUUUCUACUUUUCUUCCUCUCUUCGGAUCCCACAGCGACGGGGCGGGUUAAAGAAGGGACUCCGCGGGCCGUCUGAAAACAUGCAGGAAUAGUGUUGUAAACGUUAUUGUUCAGUAUUUUAAACUCUAGUAGAGUAUAUGAAUGUAUACUCUCUUCAGCUCACACAUUUGAGCUGCUUGAAUUAGUUUGAGUUGGAUCGAUAUUCAUGCGUUUGGGACCGCUUGGAGCCAUCUGCACUCUUCCUGUUUAGGUUUUAGGACUGGAGCAGUGAUGGAGAACAUCGACCUCGAGCAGCAGGAGCCGCUCCCCGUGGACCGAGACGGGAGGCAGCUCAGGAAUGCAGAGGACAAGCCUGAUGGCGACCGAAAGAAGGGAUGUUGUGAGAAGUUCCAGGAGUCAGUCUCCAAAUGGAUGCUUCCACAAGACUCCCGCAGCAAAUACCUGGAAAGGGCCAACUGCUGCCCGCCCCCCAUCUUCAUCAUCCUCAUCAGUAUUGCAGAGCUGGCAGUGUUUAUCUACUACGCCGUGUGGAAGCCCCAGAAGCAGUGGGUGACCCUGGAGGAAGGCAUCUGGAAAAGCUCCCUUACAUACAAGCCUGAGAACAGGCAGGAAGCAUGGCGCUUCAUCUCCUACAUGUUUGUCCACGCCGGUGUGGAGCACAUUGUGGGCAACCUGGUGAUGCAGCUGCUGCUGGGCAUCCCGCUGGAGCUGGUCCACAAAGGAUUUGAAGUGGGAAUGGUUUACAUGGCGGGCGUCCUGGCAGGCUCUUUGGCCAGCUCCAUUUUUGAUCCUCACAGUGCCUUGGUGGGAGCUUCUGGGGGGGUUUAUGCUCUAAUAGGAGGAUAUUUUAUGAACGCAGUAGUGAACUUCCGAGAGAUGAUUCCUCUCCUUGGAGUGUUUCGAAUCGUCGCCAUAGUGAUAUUUGUUGGCACAGAUUUUGGAUUUGCCUUCUACAGAAGAUUUGCCAGCAGCGAGGAUGGUUUGAAUGUGUCCUUCGUGGCUCAUUUUGCAGGAAUUGCGGCCGGGAUGACCAUCGGCUACGUGUUCUUCAGUGCUUAUAACCAUAAGCUCCUCAAAGACCCACGUUUCUGGCUGUGUAUACUGUGUUACGUGGUCUUUGUGGUGUUUGCUGUGGUCUUCAACAUUUUCCUGACCCCCGUAUCAUAGGACCAUGCAGCUGCUUUACAAGUUAACACUACAAGCCUUUGAGUCACAUGCAGGAAGCUGAGGAACUGAUGUGUUUCAGAGAAAAGUUGGACUUUGUGAAUGAGUGCGCAGGGUAUUUUUAAAUAUUUCCAUCAGAUUACUUAUUUUAAGUUGAAGGGGAAGGGCGCCUCCUGCUGUUUAUGCGUAGCAUUGCAGAAGCAUUCAUAACGUUUUAGACAAAGUUGAGCAAAACGUGCCUUUUUAAAAGUGAGUAAUUUAGAACUGAGUGAAAUGUUUUUUUUUUUUAAUGUGCUGUCUGAUAAUAUUUUUGUGUUUUGAGUAUUUUGUAUGUGAGUUUUUAGAUCUCUUUGUACUCUGAUUAUCAGGAAAUGAAUGAACACUGGUCCUAUUUCAUGUAACUUUUCUUAGGAAAUAUUGCUUCAACUGUUUAAUUGCAUAUUUUGAUGCUAUUCUUCUCUUAAAACCAUCAUGGACUUUCAGUAUUUAUGAAAUGUGCCUUUAAACGUGGUGAAAUCCUCCACCGUAUUAAACAUCUAAUUUCAUGACGACUUGACCGUAUGACUGCACUGACGAGAAGAAAAGAGUUUACAAAAGAAGUCUCCCGACAAAAAGGGAUGAAUGUCCAACACGUCUGCGGAGUUGCUCCUCCCUUCUGUAAGCAACAGAGCUGGUUUACCAUCAGGCCAUGGCUUAAUGCCACGGUAUUGUUUCAGUCACUUCCUGUUGACAGGACGUGGCUAAAUACAGGUUGAGUUGCAAAACUGUUGAUUUAUUUCCCCUUACUUCUGUCAAACUUGGUUGUUUUUUUUCAACCUUGGAACUACAAAACUUUGUCUUUAAACAUAAACAGUUCUUUGAAACAC